AGUUAAAUUGAUGACAAUGCGCAAUGUAUCGAUUUGCAAGAAAUCGAAUUUACAUUUGGAUUUCGAUUUAAGUUUUGGGCGUUGAUUUUUCCAACAUAGACACAGUUACUGAUUGUUGCGCAGAAGAAAAACAACUAUGAGAGGAGUAAAAAAUAACGGUGAGAAGUAUUUUUUAGAAUUAUAAUCUAUUUGCGUCAACAUAAAAGAGUAAUAAUCAAAAUUGGAGCAAGCGUGAUGCGUUAUCUUUGAAAUAUCAGACCAACCAUUGAUUAAACUUAAAGUGUUCAGUUUUAUAUCGCCUUUUUGUUACAGUAGAAUUCUCUGAACAAAAUGUUUGAAGAAUUAACUUUUGUUUGGAAAAUACGAAAUUUUUCACUGUGUUUUCAUAAAAAUGGAGAAAAGCUGAUUAGUCCUGUUUUUACAACGGAGAAAUUUGGAGGUAGCCAGUGGAAUUUACAGUUAUAUCCCAAAGGAUAUAGAGAGGAGGACGAAGGAUACAUAUCCUUUUUCUUAGGAAAGGAGAAUAAUGAUUUAUACAGUGAAGUAAACACUGUAAGUUAUGACUUAGCCAUCGUUGGAAUGACUGACAGUAAUAAAGAUCUGGCUACUCGAACUAUAGAGAAUCACACUUUUGAGAAAGGAGAGAGAUUGGGCGUUCCUAAGUUUUUAAAAUUGUCUACAUUGAACAAUGAAUUAAAAAACGGAGUGGAGGACAUUCUAGUCGUCCGUUGUCGCAUAUUCUCUUCUGACACGCAAAAAAGACUUCCUGAUUGCGAAGCCUGUACGGAGAUUGGUGUCGAUCAAGCAUCGUUUCUUUGGGAAUUGAAAUUCCAAGAUAAUUCCAAGAAAGAAGCUAGUACCAAGAUCGAAUUUUCUACGAAAUCAAUUUACAUCCUCGAGCUGAGAGUGAUUGCUGAUAAGGUGAAAAUAAGCAUUCAUCAGAACGAGGAAGAUUCGGUCUCGUCCAAGUUUAUCAAGGGAAAAUUGUCUAUAAUAACUGUGAAGGGAAAAGUAACAAUGUCUGCCACUGAUAAUCACUUUUUUCAAGCCAAUGUUAAAAAUGAAGUAUGGGAGUUCCCAUUAUUUAUUCCAAGUAAAUUAAUUAACCCUGGGAAAUAUAUAAAAGACGAUCCGUUUAUUCUUUUAUGUGAAUUUUUUGCUUCAGAUAGAGUUGUAUCAGAAUCCAUUGCUAGCUCAAAGGAUAAUUAUUGUUCGAAUACAGAUAUUUGCCCAAAUUUACUCAGAGAGUUUAAAAAUAUGCUUCAUGACAAAAUUUACUCUGAUGUGAAAUUGAAAACCGACGAUGACGUUUUGAAUGCCCACAGAUCAGUUCUAGCAGCUCGUUCCGCUGUGUUUGCCGCAAUGUUCCACCAGGAUAUGAUAGAAUCUCAGACUAGUACUGUGGAAAUUUUUGAUGUGGAUUCAGACACACUGAAAUCGUUCUUGGAAUUUAUCUACACAGGGAAAGUUGAAGACAUCGAUUAUGCAAUGGCUAAAGAAUUAUUGUUAGUAGCCGAUAAGUAUCAAGUAUUGACACUGAAGGAAAAAUGUGUUUCUUUCUUGGAAUCUGUUAUAUCUUUCAAAACUGUCUUCGAAGUACUUUCUUUAGCUGAUUUAAUCAGUCAUAAGUAUUUAAAAAAAACUGCUAUGAACUUUGUUGCAACGAACUCAAAAAUUUUAUUCAUCUCGCCUGAGUGGUUGAAUUUGAUUCAGAAUAAUGUAAAAUUAGCUGGUGAAAUUGUCUCAAACAUUUCUGCUAAUUUUAGCAAGGCCCCGAAGAACAUUACCGGCAACAGGAAUUGAGAGGCGAUUGUAAGAAAAAGUCUUCAAGCUUUUCUAGGCAAUCAAAUAGGUUUUUGUGUUUCAAGCCACACCUUCUGCAGUAGAGAUUCGGUUGAUAUAGAUAAAGUUUUUUCCCCAUGUCUUAAAUAUUAGUUUGUGAUUCUUCAUGUUCAUAUUUUUCUGAUUUCAUUUUUGAUGAUUCUCCUAAAAAUAUAUUUUGUUAAGAGAAGUAAUUACGGAACACUUUGUUUCCCUUUAAAUAACGUUUUAUUUUUCCUCUCUUUUUUUAGUGCUUUACUUUGAUGAGUCUAUCUGUAAUUUGUAGAUAUCAUGCAAAAUAAAAAUUGAAUUUAUGUA